AUGCACUCUCUCCGUAACUACAAUGCGUCGGCCUCUGAGCACUUCAUCGGCAGUGCUCAGGGGUCGCUGGCUAACUUGUAUCGAUUCUCCCAGUCGCUUUCCGAGGACACCGCCCCCACUCCCAGGAUGGUCCAUGUGUACAGCUGGUCCGCUAUGCCGUCUCGUCUCGCCAGUCGGUCAAUCGCCUUCAACUCUUGGAACGUCGCCGGCUCUCAGGCCAUCGCCAACUCCUCCAGUGCCGGAGCUCCGACCGCCGCCAACUCCAGGGCGACCGCGGAUUCUCCAACUCUCACCUCGUCGACAGCGCCAGACCAGCCCAAGGAUGCCGUUCUUUCCAGGUCAGGCCAGUCCAAGGAUGCCGUUCGUUCCAGGUUAGGCCGGUCCAAGGAUACCUCUCGUCCAGUCCCAGUUCUCCAGCAGCCUAAAGCUAAGAUCACUUGUUCAUCCCCUGAUCGUCCGAGUCAGCCUGGUCUCGAAGCUGCUGGCGCACCGCCUGCCCGUCGGAUUGUCAAGAUCUACCUUAAGCCCAAGGAUGCCGCUCGUUCAAAAUCCAGCAUCUCCAGUGGUCCUUCAUCAGCGACAGCCCUCGAACCGCCAUCAACUCCUCAGCGACUGCGAGCUGUUCAACGGUCCAAGGUUCCAGUGACUCCCGAGGCUCCGGUCGCCCCCAAGGUCCAAGUAACCCCCGAGGCUAUAGUCGCGCCCAUGUUCCCGGUCACUCCAAAGGCUCCGGUCGCUCCUAAGGUUCAAGUCACUUAUUCUCCCCGACUCGUUGCCACCGCACACCUUCGCUACCGUUCGCCCGAAACUCACCUUCUGUACCCGAAACAUGUGGAAUCCCCUCCCACUAGUCAAAUAGAGCUCUGGAAGGCACUGGCCAAGCUCUCCUGGGAUCAACAGAUCAGAGGCCGUGUCGAUGCCACACCUUCGCCAGCUCCUAGGACUCCCGAGACUCGCGCCCCAGCCACUCCUUCAGUCACCGCCGAUAUCGGAUCCAAUCUCCUGGAUGGCUCCAUCCCCAUGUAUCUACUGGCCGCUGGCAUCGAACGCAAGAUACAAGGCGACAAGACACCGUCAUCUGCGCGCCCUCCCACCCCUUCACACCUCCACGGCGGUGUUACCGACUACGCCAUGACGCCCCCAAGGAUCUGGUGGCAGGAAGACUCUCAUCCAAGCCCAUCACGGCACCGUAAGAGAUAUCUGAAAGAUGACACCACGGAUGAGUACGACGAGAGCCGGUCAAUUGCGUCGGGUUCCACGCAGACGUGGGCGUCCCCGGUCGGUGCCAACGCCGUCCUGCAGGCCAUGAAGAGGGAAAAGGAGGAGCAGGAUCGUAAGAUUCUCGCCAUGGCUGCCAAGAUCAUCGCCGAAGGAAAUGCCAAGCUCAAACGACCGAUCAAAGCAGGAGCUGAUAUUCUCGCCAAAUACUUGCCAGCUGAUACCCCGGCGAAUGAUCCCCAGGUGGCCCCUCCCGCACCCAUCGCCGGUUCUCCGGUCCAGGCUUCCCCGGUCCAGGCUUCCCCGGUCCAGGCUUCCCCGGUCCAGGCCCCCUCGGUUCAGGUUUCCCCGGUCCAGGCUCUCCCGGUCCAGGCUUCGCCAGUCCCUCGCCCCAGCUCUCCAGACAAUCUGUCAAACUCUGAUGGGUCUGAUGGGUCCUUCGGUCUUCCCCCCAAAGCUCAUUGGAUUGAUGGCCAACCGUUCUGGGUCGACUCCAACGGCAUCUGUGUCUUGGCACCAGCCGACUUCAAGUAUCUCGAGGGCAAGCCCUGGGUACCUCCAACUGUUGCCUGUCGUUCUGUCCCGGCUGCGUUAUGCACAAUGGCAUUUGCUCCAAUGGUCCCUUCUCAAGCGCCCGCCACAGGUUUCUCUCAUUUCGCAUUUGCCAGACAAGUAUCUGCCGAGUCUCUCCUUUCAGAAAAUCAACCUCGGUUCCUCUCAACUAGUAUCGGAAAACAGGUCCUCCCGGUUCCUCGCCCUCAACCGGUUUCGGAAAUUCAGGGACCCUUUCAGUACGGUCUACGCCUUGACGUGGCGAGAGGGCUUGUAGCCACGUCUGGCAAGGCCGGCGUGGUGACCAAGUAG